AUGGCAAACCUGUCGACUACCGGAACAUCACUGGUGCUGCUGUGGAGUCUGUGCUACUGCCUGUUAGGUGCAUUCGCGAUAUCAGAUAUCAAUGUCGCUGUGGGGAAGACGGCGUUCCAAACAAGCACCCAUAACAGGACGGAUGGGGUCGCCAGCCUUGCCGUAGACGGGAGCACCUACACCUACAUGAACGGCAGCAAUCAGACCUGUACACUCACACAGGAGGAGGCUGAUCCUAGCUGGUGGGUGGACCUCGGCCGAUCGUAUUUGAUUGACAGAGUGGUCAUCGUCAACCAGAUGGACUGUUGUUCGGAACGACUCAACCCCUUCAACAUCCACAUCGGGGAUUCCGACCAGGUCAGCACGAACCCCAGGUGUGGAGGUGACCAUCAAAUCGACAUUACGAAGCCGGCCAUUGUUAUCCCGUGUCGGUGGAUGGCGGGACGGUAUGUGGGGGUACGUCUGACUGGUCCCUCCCGAAUCCUGACACUGUGCGAAGUCCAGGUUAUUACAGAUAUUAAUGUCGCUGUGGGGAAGACGGCGUUCCAAACAAGCACCCAUAACGGGACGGAUGGUGUCGCCAGCCUUGCCGUAGACGGGAGCACCUACACCUACAUGAACGGCAGCAAUCAGACCUGUACACUCACACAGGAGGAGGCUGAUCCUAGCUGGUGGGUGGACCUCGGCCGAUCGUAUUUGAUUGACAGAGUGGUCAUCGUCAACCGGAUGGACUGUUGUUCGGAACGACUCAACCCCUUCAACAUCCACAUCGGGGAUUCCGACCAGGUCAGCACGAACCCCAGGUGUGGAGGUGACCAUCAAAUCGACAUUACGAAGCCGGCCAUUGUUAUCCCGUGUCGGUGGAUGGCAGGACGGUAUGUGGGGGUACGUCUGACUGGUCCCUCCCGAAUCCUGACACUGUGCGAAGUCCAGGUUAUUACAGAAUAUUGCCAGGUGGGGGAUGGGGCAUCCUACCGAGAAACGGUCUCUGUGACCAGGACAGGCAAGACGUGUCAACGCUGGGACAGGCAGCUCCCACAUUCACACGACAAGACGCCUGAUAACUACCCGUCAUCCGGACUGGAGGAGAACUACUGCCGGAAUCCGGACGGGGAAUCCGGAGUUUGGUGCUACACCACGAAUGCUUUACAACGUUGGGAGCUGUGUGACGUACCGGUCUGUGAAGCUCGUAAGUGGCGUGAAGAUUUGCGCUGCGGAAAGGACUACCUUGUUGAACACGGUAAACCUGCUGAAUGUGACCCCGGCAGUCAUUACCCAUGCUGCUCCUCGAAAAAUCACUGUGGCAGCACUGCAGCCGACUGUGACUGUCUGGAUUGUGUCAACUACAGGGACACAUUGUCAGGAAUUUGUGCAAAUGGAAACGUCAUUGACAAGACCCAGAUUUGUGAUGAUACAGACGACUGUGGAGACAAUACAGACGAACAACAAAACUGUUCUCUUUCUGCGUGUGACAAUGGCGGCCUGUUUCACCCGCAUACUCGAUGUGACGGCAGAGAUGACUGUGGAGACAACAGUGAUGAGAAGAACUGUGGCUGUUACUACCUACGGGACAAAGGGUCAAGCUACAGGGGCCGUGAAAACCAACUAGAGUCCUGUCAGUUCUGGACAUCUCAGAACCCCCACGCCCAUAACCACACUCCUGAGGCCUACCCGUCAGCAGGGCUGGAGCGGAACUACUGUAGGAACCCGGACGGGAAGGACAGGCCGUGGUGCUACAUUGACAACCCCCUCAUCAGGUGGAUGUACUGCGACAAGGUCUUCCCCUGUGAUGCCGUACCAACAAGCUGCUUCUUCACUUACGAUAAGGGCAGGAGCUACGCAGGGAACGUAAAAAGGGCAGGAGACCGUUUGUGUCAGAGAUGGGACUCCCAGUCCCCCCACAGCCAUCCCCACACACCGCAGGCUCAUUCUGGUGCGGGGCUGGAGGAAAACUUCUGCCGUAACCCUGACAACAAGGACCGGCCCUGGUGCUACACCACGGACCCGACACUGAGGUGGGACUACUGUAACGUGACCGAAUGUGAUGUUCGAACACCAUCUGAUCAUGACCAGGAGAAGUGGAAAUGCCUGUCGGGAUACUACGGGGGAAGAUCUUAUUGGCUGGUGGCUGACUGCCCUGACGACUUGACAGACGACGUCACAACAGAUCAGUGUUUAAAAGAAGCUGACCCUUACAACCCGGACUCGUGCCGACCAUUCUCGUCUGUAAGUCACGGCCCAAGUCUUCCUCUCCAAAACUGCAGCAGACCCAUUCUGAAUUUCACGUCCGAGGAGUUCCAAGUCCUUCCCAAUGGUAGCGUCCGCCUGUUGAGUUCUAACGGAACAUGCCCAGCUGAACAGGUGGUCAUUCUGAACACAUCAGCAUCAAUCUGUGGGGACUGCCUUCUGUGGUAUUUUUCGAACGACACGCUCCAAACAACCUGGGAUGCUACCAAGAGUUGGCUAACCCUAGGUCUUGUGUCAGCGUCUGACAUAGCUGUGGCUAGUUUCGUGUUCUACACUUACAAGUCGGGCCAGUGGAAGAAAGUCCCGGAAAAGCUGAAGGUGCAGAUGAUGACAUGCAUGGCAGUUGCUGUUACCCAGUUUGUGGCACGUGUGUUUAUCCCCCCUGGGCCCGUCUGUACAGUGUAUGCAAUACUGCUGCACUACUUUAUGCUGACGGCCUUCACAUCCAUGAACGUGCUAGCUGUAGAUAUCUUCCUUACAUUUCAUGAGGAUUUAGAAAGAGCGGAACUGUACAAGUACAUCUUGUACACUUGGCUGGUGCCGGUGCCUGUAGUCCUUGUCACAGUGAUUGUGGAGUUCGGCAGUUCUGUCAGGGUGGGUUAUGGAGAGCAGUGUUGGAUCGGUAAUCCAACAGCCAGUCUGGUGGCUUUUGGUGUUCCUGUCUUCUGUGCCCUUAUGAUCAAUGGUGUCUUCACCAUUCUUGUGUUGCUGGCCUUACAGAAGUCCUUUCAGAUAGCCAACGCUGCUUUGCCACGCUCGGAGAUGAGCAAGAUCUGGGUCUACAUUCGUGUCUUGUUUCUGGCCGGGUUCACCUGGAUUUUGGGCUUCAUUUUUCCUUUCGUCAAGAGCGAAGUUCUCGAGUACAUCUUUAUUGUGCUGAAUGCUUCCCAAGGCCUUCUGAUGACCAUGUUUAUGACACUGACGGGGGAGGUGUUGGAGAAAUGGAAGUCUGCAAUCAUGGCACGCUUUGGUCUGGCUGAAGCUCAUCAGGACAAUGGACAAACCACCACCACCACUCAUAUCCGGCAGACAACCGGAGGGAAGACUGAGGUAACGGCAGGUGGAACAGGCUCUGCUAUAGAGAUACCCAUGACUAUUAUGGCCGAUGAAGAGGAGGACAGGGCACGCCAUCGUCCGCGUAAGCCUCGUCAGAAGAAGGGACGAAACGCGCCUGCCGGCAACAAGCCUACCACCGUAGGGGGAACUGAGGCAAAGUCGGAUGAGACUGACACUGCAGGCUACGUGCAGGCCCUCGCAGGUGAAGUUGGGGCUACAGCAAGCGGCACUGGCGUUGCCACUGAGAUUAUACCCAUGAAAACAUUCGUCAAUGCUGAAGAAAAUAAGGAUGAAAACAGUGCUUCAGAUCGAGAUGAGAAUGAGACCAGUUUCUGA